AUGUCAGACACAAAUGCGACCGGCUCUGCCCAGCCUGUAGUGCCAGAGGCAGCCCCUACCGCUCAGGCUAACAACGUGCCUGAUCACGAGGUCUUUAUCGAAGUCGGAGACGAGGAACUGACGCAGUUUCUAUUCCAGCGAAGCAUCGCGUCGUCGAGUGCGAGUGUAACCAGCUCAAUUCUUGAGUACCGAAUUGAAAACGGAAGAACCUACCACGCAUACAAGGAUGGCAAGUACAACCUGCCCAACGACGAAAGAGAAAACGACAGACUCGACCUGCAACAUCACAUGUUUCUUCUUUCAUUCAACGAUAAGCUUGGAACAGCUCCGCCGAACGAGACGGGGGCCAAGGUCGGCCGUGUUCUCGAUGUUGGUACCGGCACAGGUAUCUGGGCCAUGGACUUUGGCGAUGCACACCCUGAGGCCGAGGUCCGCGGUAUCGAUCUUUCCGCUGCACAGCCAGAAUUCACGCCUCCCAACGUUAAGUUCGAAAUCGACGACAUUGAAGAGCCGUGGACCUUUUCACAGCCCUUCGACUAUAUCCACAGCCGUAUUAUGAACUCGUCCAUCAGCGACUGGAAAUCUUACAUCAAGAAAUGCUAUGAUAACCUCACCCCCGGCGGAUAUCUAGAACUGAUCGAACUAGACCUGUACCUCAAAUCCGACGACGGGACACUGAAACCUGAGCAUUCAGUAAUGAAAACCCUAGGCCUGCUUGCCGAGGCCGCCCAAAAGCUCGGAGCCGCAUUCCAAGACCCCAAAGGACUGAAGCCUCUGAUGAUCGAGGCGGGGUUCACCGACGUGGUCAUGCAGCAGCUCAAGUGGCCUACCAACUCAUGGCCGAAGGAGCGCCGGUUCAAGGAGCUUGGGAUCUGCGGUGGCGAGAACAUCGACCAGGGAUGGGAGGCGGUUUGCAUGGCGCCGUUGACGAGAGCUCUUGGCUGGAGCCGUGAGGAGGUCCUGGUGUUGCUUGCUGAGAACCGAAAGGAUUUCCGUAACAAGGAUAUUCAUGCGUACUUUUCCAUUUGGGCCAUCCACGGGAGAAAGCCGAUGGAUGAGGAAACCGCCAAAGAGUAG